CACACAAAGGGUCAUUUUUCUCAUUACACAAAAACCCUAAAAACCUAGUCUUUGGAAACGGAAUGCAACAGUCCACAGGUAUCUCAGAUACGUCAGAAAUGGUUGCUCCUUUGAUAGCCGGAAUCGCGGUGGCAGCUGCUGCUUAUGCGGGGAGAUAUAGCAUUCGGGCAUGGCAGGCGUUUAAGGCAAGACCGCCGACGGUUAGGGUUCGAAGAUUUUAUGAAGGUGGGUUUCAGCCUAGUAUGACAAGGAGAGAAGCCGCUUUGAUUCUGGGGGUUAGAGAAAGUACUCCUGCGGAAAAGAUCAAGGAAGCACAUAGGAGGGUGAUGGUUGCGAAUCAUCCUGAUGCCGGUGGGAGCCAUUUCCUUGCAUCAAAGAUUAAUGAGGCGAAAGAUAUGAUGCUGAGGAAAAACAAGGGUGGCAGUGGCUCUGCAUUUUGAGGGGAAUCGAGUUUUAGAACUGAUAACCCUUAUCCGGGAUUUAUUCACUUCUUGCAAUGCCUUUAGAGCGAGAAAUAAGAGAAGAAAAGGUAGUUGCUGAUAUCAUUCUUUUGACCCCAAUAGUUUCAGACGUAUUUGGGAAACUAGUAGCUCUUAUAUGAUGGUCUGAAUUUUAGUUUAUAAUUGUUUUGUGAGAGAAACAAAACAUGUUGACUGUAUUGUAUACACAUUGCCUCAAGUUCCAACCUUUUGC